AAUAAAAAAAAUCGAUCGCAAAAGCUCUAAAUAUAACUUCAAUUAUCAAAACCGUGACGAACCUCCGAACAAAGCACCACCAUGAGCAGUAAAGUAACACUUUCAAUCAAUCAAUCAAUCAUCUUUCAAAGAAUCCCCUAUCUUAUUCUAAUAGCAUUCACGACUCAAUUAUUCUUCGUGCUUCUGUAUAUUCAUUAUUAUUCUCUAUGUCUUCCAUCCAUUCGUUUAGGUCUUCGAACCUUCUAGAAGAAGAAUAACGUCAUAAAUAUGUCUUUUUCCUUUUUUUUUAUAUGUAUAUUUAUAUAUACAUGAGUUUUAAAUUACAUUGCAAUUGUAAUUACAAUGUGAAUUAUGAUAUUGCCAUAAUACUAACAAUUGCGCUUGCAAUGACAUUGCAAGCGCAAUUGUAGUUGCAAUAUCAUUGCUGAGACUUCUAGAACUUUAUAUAUUGCGACAGUAAUUGCGAUUGUGGCACGGAAUUUUGAGGCAUGAAUUUAAGUAAAGAGGGAAAGGAACAAAAUAGUAGAACCAAAAUGUCAAAGGGCAGUGACGUGGACACUGUGAGCAUAGCAGCAGCCGUUACAUGCAAUUGCUCUCAGGAUGGAUUCAGCUGGGGGUAUGAAAAGGGAUGUAAGAUACUUUAAGCAGGUGUAUGUAAGAAGAAGAAGAGGCACUGGUUUUGGAAAAGUAGUACCAGAUUUGGAUUUAAACAUUCCAUUGCUUUCAGAAUCUUCUUUGCCUAAAACUGAUGGCUCACCCGAAAUUGGAGAUGAUGGCCCUCUCUCUCCUGCUCUGGAUUUCUUAGAAACACCACUCAUCCAGCGCCGGAAGCGAAGCACCCUCAACCGCCGGCCACACCUCCACGUGCGACCAUCCAGCCCCCCACCAACGCAAGUUUGUGACCAUUCAACCAUCAGUCCUGUCGACAGCCACCAUUCACGUCCACUUGCAGCACCGUCAACAGGCACCAUUGCACGCAGUCCACCACCGCCUUCAGCCGACCGCCCCAAGACACCAGCCGACGCGUUUGCUCCUGGCGAAAUAUGGCGCUGCCCAACUUGCCUCAAAAUUGAUGUCGAUGGGCUUUCGAUGCCCAUAAAAUAUUUGAAGAAAUCCAACUCAAAAAAGGGCAUGCAAUCUAAGAAAGUUAAAGAUAAUUCUUGCUCCAUUGGCACAAAGAGUAAUGAUAAAUCAAAACUUGCAAUUAUUGAUAAUCAGGUUUGAAGGGUGAAAGAAACAUCAUCAUUGUGCAUGCCAUGCGUGGACCGGAAUGUUUAAGCUGGGGAUUAAGGUCCAAAUUUUAGUGAAUAUGACUAAAUUUUCAGACUGUCAUUGUAAAGUAUUUGACUUUAUAGUUCUGUUGGUAGAGAGGUACUUAAAACUUGAAGAUAUUUAUCCUAUAGGAGGAUAUUUAACUUCAUUGCCUACAGACUCCAUUGGUAUAAUACUUUGAGGAUUUUAAACAAUUUCUUAUAUGUCUAAUUUGAUUAUUUUUAAUUUGGUUGAGUUCGUUAA